AUGGAUAAAUUUGUAGUGAGAAAGAAAAGGAAGCACGAAGAUAGUGUAGAUGAAGCUGUUGGGCAACAUAAUGAGGAAAAGGAAUCCUUAGUAACAGAAUCGACCGACAGUGAAGCCAUUAUUGAACACAUUGAGCCAGUUCAGUCAGUUGAUGCAGAAAAUUCUAACGCCUCGUCGGUGCCUAAGGCUUUUAGAAACUGGGAGAAACAGCACCCGUGGCUGAAACUAAAUACAACCUGGGUUGACGAGGGAUUUUUAGAUUGGAAGCAUGGAUUAAGAGGAAUAGAGAAGCACGAAGUUAGCACUUUACAUAUCAACUGUGCAGAGGCACUAGCCAAUGUUAAAACUGCUAACAUUGUACCAUCAAUAUCAUCGGCUAAAUCCAAACAGAUGAUGAAUGAUCGGGUUGCUUUGUUGAAAAUUUUCAGUACACUAAAAACACUAGUUAGGCAAGGUCACAAGUGGCUUCACCAUCAAAGUCAAAACGAAAUUCUGGAGCUGAUGGCUUCCACUGUGUUAUCAAAAAUCAUGGAUGAGAUAAGAGCAGUGGAAUACUUUUUGUUGUCAUUAGAUGAAACUUCGGAUGUUUCCCGAAGUGAGCAAGUUUCUAUUUGCCUCAGAAUUGUUUCUGAUGACCUAAGCGCCAAAAAAUAUUUUAUUGGAUCUUUUAGUACAAAAAAUACUUCUGCCGAAACUUUAUUUGACCUUGUUAAAAAAAUUUUAAUGCGAUAUGAUUUGCCAAUCUCAAAACUGAGAGGGCAAUGUUAUGAUGGGGCAUCAAAUGUUUCUGGUAAAAUUUUCGGCUUACAGUCGCAAAUACGCCAAGAAGAGCCUCAAGCGUUAUUCGUGCACUGUAAUGCACACAAUCCUAAUCUUGUCGUUCAAGAUAGUGUAGAAAAAAUUUUAUUUGCCAGAAAGUUCAUCAGAACAUUAAAAAAUUUGAUCAAUUUUGUUCGUGACUCAACCAAGCAUAUUGCACAAUUUAAAGAUUUGCAAAUUGAAGCAGAAAAAGAAAACGAUAGCAGUUUACCUUCUCUUGCAGCGUACUGCCCAACAAGGUGGGUGGUACGAAUUAAAUCGUUAAAAACUGUGAAAGAAAAUUACGCUCCACUCAUGCAAUUUUUUUAUGAUCGGUCAAUCGAUAGAGAAGUCGACAGUUCGAUAUCAGCAAAAGCCUCAGGAUUUUUUAAUUAUAUGGGAUCAUUUGAGUACAGCCUGCUGCCAGUAGAGGUAGAGGUGCUGCUGGUCAUAGUCAAGAUGAUGACCUAG